AUGAAUAACCAGGGUGUUAUCUAUGCAGAACUGAAGCAUGCAAAGAAUUUAAAAAGACAGCAAAUGAAACCUUCGGGAACUGAAAACUCCAUUUCAGUAAUCCAGCAAGAAAUAACCUAUGCAGAAUUUGACUUCCAAAAUGCUUCUCAGGAUCUUCAGGGGAAUGCCAAGACAUACCACUGCAAAGGCUUACCAUCACCACCGGAGAAGCUCAUUGCUGGGAUCCUGGGAAUUAUUUGCCUUGUCUUGAUACUCAGUAUUGUAGCAGUAGUCAUUAGUAAUGCCUUUAUUGAAACACGAAAGCUGAACAAUUCAUCCCUAACAAGAAUGACCCCAAAAGCACACCAUUGUGGCACUUGUCCAAAUGAGUGGUUAACAAUUUCCAACAACUGCUACCACAUCAGUAAUGAAAAAAAAACCUGGAAUGACAGCAUAACUGCCUGUGCUUCUAACAACUCUCAUCUGCUCUACACAGAAAAUCAGGAAGAAAUAGUGUUGAGUGGCCAAUGUGCCAAAUCUACCACGCUGAUCAUGGCUGAGCGUAGAUGCCCAUAA